CCCAUGCCCAUCCCUUUGGAAAGAAAAAGAAAAUUCACACAGACAAACGACGGCGAGUAAAAAGAGCGAGGGAAAAGUCGAGAGGGAAGCGAAAGCAAAAAGCCAGAUGAAAGAGUUGGAUACUGCGGAGGGAGCCCACCAAAGACCAGAAUAUAUUGUUUAAAUCAUGCCGCUGCACAAACCGACCCGGGCCCCUCGCCUGGACCCUACCAUGAUCUCAGCCCCACUGGGUGACUUUCGCCACACCAUGCACAUUGGGAGGGGAGGCGAUGCCUUUGGGGACACCUCCUUCCUGUCUACUCUUGGCCCGAGCCCGAGCCCGAGCCCGACCAGCCCUGACCCGGGGAGUCCAGGGAUCAUACCAGCUGCUGACCCUCAGUUGGAAGCCAACCACAGUGAUCUUUAUACAGAUGCUCCAGGGAGCCCACAGAACAAUGAGCUUCAACACUCAGAGUCAGUCUCAUCAUUUGACCUGGACCUGGAUCUAGGCCCGUCUAUGCUGGGGGAUGUACUAGGGGUGAUGGACGGUUUGGGGCUUGACUCCAAUGAGGAGGAUGUGUUCAGUCCCAAAAGUGCCACAUCCUCGGUGGGCACAAAGCAGGGAAAAGGAGCCAUGGAGAUGUCUGUGAACAUGCAGAACGAGCUGAAUGGGAAGAACUUGGUUGGGAUGGAUGGAAACCAGGUGGGAGACAGCAGGAUACCAGAUGGGAAUGGGAUCAAGCCGAAGGGCUUAAGACCAAAAGUGCGAUUCAGUGACAAACGAGAUGAGAUCAUUCGCCGAGCGUCUGAAGAGGAAGAGGGUCAAGGGCUUGACUUCCAGGAUGAGGAUCAGCUGGCGUGUCGUAGUCCAACGAGGGGUGAGAGUGAGAGGGGCGAGAGCAUAGAAGAUGGAGGUGAAACUGAGUUCACCAAUCACAAAGUAGAUUUGCCACCUAGUCCGGCUUCGUCACACAGCUCAGAGUAUGAAGGAGUCACCUCAUUGGACAGGAGGAGGGUCGACAGCUGCCACUCAGAGACUGAAUCAGAGGAGGAGGAGGAAGUAGGACGGGGCUACACAUUCGAAGAUGAGUUUGAUGAUGAAAUUGGUGUAUAGGGGAUAUGUACGGUUUCCCCUUGAAAACAAAUGCUGUCAAGUAAAUCAAGUAUACUGUAUUUUCCUAAACUCAUAAUUUCAUGAUCAUUUCAAUGGGAGAUGUAAACAGCAAGCAAACUGGAUUUUUCAAGACUCAAUGAAAGCUAUACAGUUCGACGAUGUUGCUCAACUGGAAAAGACAUUUCAUGUUUUAGCUAAAGGGUAACAGAUUUGCAAAAGACUGUCAUUUAGGUUAUUACAGUGAAAGGUUUGUAGCACUUUGAAUUAUUUCAUUCACCUGGAAGCUUUGCUAUGAAACUGAUGCUCAGUGGAAAUUUGAUUCAGGCUAUUGACGCCUGCAUUGUUCAUCUUUACUAUGUCUUAUAUUUGCCAUCUAAAGCUUCAUGUUAUAGUGCCUUAAAGUAUGCUUACAUUAUUGUACCGUGCCAUUUAAAUGUCUUAAUAGUUAUUUCUCAUAUUGCAUGUUUAUUACAAUCUCCAUGUCUUCUCUUGAUGUUUAAGCUUUACAAAUGGUUCCCAGAGACAUUGUUAGAAAAUAAAUUGAUCCUGUGUUUAAUUCAUUACUGUGAAUUUGUCACAUUCCAAAUCUGACUGUGAGUUUCUCUGGUUCAGACAAAAUCAGAUCUGCUUUCAUAGUGUAGUUUUUCAGCAUGUUUUCAAGUUACCAGAGCUUUUCUUUGGGCUGUGGCUGCUGGACUAAUUCUAAAAUGCUAAGACAAUCAUGGGAUUAAAGGUCAAUUGUAAAUCAGGACCAAUGGUGUAUUUUUGUACAUGUUUUUUUCUUGUAUAAUGCUUGUUUUUUUAAAAGUAUUUUAUUUCAUAUUGCUGUAAAAAAAGGAAGAGACCAUUAUGCUCAUCUGUUAAAAAUGCUGGUUUGAACACGUGUUAUCCUGUGGUUUGAUUGGGACUACAGUGAAAACAAUAAAACAAUUAUUGGGAUUUUAAAAUAUC